AUGUUUUACUCUGACGUAGAUGAGAACAGCUUUGUUGAUGAUAAUAGUCAAAAUGUUUCCGUCAAACUAUACGAAACCGAGUGGAGAUAUUUAUUCAAUAUCACCAACAUUGAUGAACUACGAGAAACCGCUAUCAAAGCCAAAUUGAGGACAUCUAGAUUUAGAAGUGUGUGUUGGCGUCUUUUACUAGAAAUACUGCCACCAGAUUCAUCUGAAUGGUUGAUGGCUAUUGAAAAAUAUCGGUCAUUGUACGAAACAAUUAAAUCGACACAUUACAAUGAUCCACACACACAGGAUUCUGGACCGGACGACCCACUGUCUCAAGACGAAGAUAGUAUUUGGAAACAAUAUUUUAAAGACAUUGAAUUAAAGAAAAUUAUUGAACAAGAUGUGAUCCGAACUUCCCCUGAAGUUGAAUAUUUUGGAACAAAAAAAAUUCGAAACAUAAUGAUUGAUAUAUUGUUUUGUUAUUCAAGGGAACAUCCUGACUUGAGCUAUAGACAAGGUAUGCAUGAAAUCCUUGCACCAUUAUUGUUUGUUCUCCAUUGUGACCAUCAAGCAUUACUUCAUGUCUUGGAACAGACAUCUUCUGAUGUUAGUGAUUUAAUCCAGAAAAUCCUUGAUCCUGCAUUUUUGGAAGCAGAUGCAUAUUCCCUAUUUAAUAUUAUAAUGGAGAUAAUGAAGGAUUAUUAUAAUAUUAACGAUUUUAUCAUAUCAGCGCAAAAACCAACUAAACAUGUUAAGACUACUAGUUCUACAUGUGAUAGUGAAGUUGUUCAAAAACUUUCCAAAAUACGUGAUACAAUGUUGACAAAACAUGACCCAGAACUAUAUGGGCAUUUAUUGGACCUGGAUAUUUCAUUUACUACUUUUGGACUGCGUUGGUUGAGAUUAUUGUUUGGUGGAGAAUUUUUAUUAAUAGACCUAUUAGUGUUAUGGGAUGCUAUUUUUGCCACAUCACCUCAAGACUUUGCAUUGGUUAAUCAUAUUUUUGUGGCUAUGUUGGUCCUUAUAAGAAUUCAAUUACUGAAAAGUGAUAAUACAGACUGUUUACAUUAUUUAAUGAGGUAUCCUCAUGUCGAUGUGAUGACUGUUAUUGAAUAUGCCCUGCAUAUGUUAGAUCCUAAGAUGUAUAUGUUGCCAUCCGUUAUAAAUUCUCUUAAACACGAUAAGAGCGACAACAUAAAAUCUAAUAUUACAGAACACCGAGUAGAACGGCCAUCUAAACUUAUUACUUAUGCACCAAGACCAACCAGAAAUGCAGCAGAUGACCUACUUGAGUUGUGUAGAAUGAAGUUGAUGCAGUAUCAUUCCAUUUUAGAUUCAGCUGUCCCUAUUCAUAAUAAAGAGGCAAGACAAGCUCUAACUGGAAUGCUAGAAUUGUGUGGAAUGCUAAGUUCGCGUCAAGGCAUCAUAGAAAUGGGUAAAGAUGUUGUGCGUAGUACAACAACUCCAAUUGAAACGCUCCUUACACCUGACACACCAGAAGGAGGACCAUUGUUACCUCCUCCUGCUUCUGCUAUCACUAUGAAGGUAUUUCGUAAGACAGAAAAUUCAACUGACUCACAAAUACAAGGAGCACCAAUAAAAAAUCCAUUAAAACAGAUGAAACGGUAA